CGUGUAGUAGUCGCUGGUUCCGGCGACUUAGCUCGCUAUGUCUGCGAAGAGUUCACCAAAGUCGGUCACGAACUGGUCUUGACCCGGAAGCAGAAGCCGCAAUUCGAGCGCCUAGGUGUCAGCCAGUUCAUCACCGACUACACUCUGGAAUCCCUGAGCAAGCCGCUGGCUAAUGGCGAGGUGCUAAUUUCGACGAUUUCGGACUGUACCUCGUCAUACAUCGACGUUCACCACACUCUCAUCCAAGCCUGCCAGCAGAGUCCGGAGUGCAAGCGUUUCAUACCCUCCGAGUUUGCAGGAGACAUCGAGUCU